AAUCCCAUUUGAUAGCAUUCGUGUUAACGCAAAUUUGAAUAAUGGCGCGCAUUCUUUGCCUUGCCUCAUGUACAGACACACGGGAAUACUCUGAUUGGCCGUGUGCCACUGGGGUAUUGACGUAGAGGAAGGAACGACCAAUCCUCGAUCGAUAAGAGGAUCGUGAAAAAAAAAAAAAAAAAAAAAAAGAAAAGAAAAGAAAAGAAAGAAAAUGAGCCGCGAUACGAAUUUGUCUUACGUCAUAACGAUUCGAAAUAAUUUCCAAUAAUUUCAUUGGUAAGACGCUUGAUAAUCCUUAUUAAAAAUGUUUAUAAAUUAGGUUAGAUUAGAGAAAAUUCGUUAUGUAGGAUGCCAUAACCUUCCCGAAGGCGCGUCUAUUCGAAGCGUUUGAUUUUUUCUUUUUCUCUUUUUCGAAAAAAGAAGGAUUUUUUGGAUAACCAUUAAAUAGCGAGAUAUUAUGAAUGACUUCUUAAUUCUUAAGGUACGUAAAUUACAUUUCGGAGAUAUAUUUGUAAAACGAAAGAAACGUGAAAGAGAAAGGAAUUGACAAAGUUUAAGUCGAAAUCGAUCGUUUUGUCCCGCCAUGGGGACGAGAAAGCAUCGUCAGCGCGUCGAUCGAAAAAUGGCCGCGAACGUGAGAACAGAGAUGCGGAUCCCUACGCGUACAGCCCCUCGUCCACCCGUCAAUGCUCUUGCACAAAGAGGCAAUGUCUGGGGUAGCACAAACGAUAUUUUCUCAACGAGCCUGAUGAGCCAACCAACGGUGCAAAAGAAGAAGCCACCGCCGCGUCCACCUCCUCCAAAGUUCAAUCAGUGCCAUGACACGCACAGCCAAAGGGAUCAAAAGUCCAAGAGACCGACCCGUCCGACCGAGCUUCUGACCAAUUUCUUUGCAUGGAAAGCGGCCAAGCAGGAACACUCCAAUACGUCUCGUUCUACUUCGAAUCUAUCCCACGUCCAGUCGCAGUCUUCUAAUACGAACGGAACUUUCUCCCUGAUAGAUCUCAGUCCGCCCGGCUCUCCUACGUUCACCACUCGUUCUAGCAGCGACGGGGUUAGCAUAGACAGUUUUGGUAGCGAUGGUAAUUCCAAUCCUUCCGUCUUUACGAGCAGCGGUAAUACGUCCCAGACGGAAAGUGCCUUCGAAGACGAUUUUGACUUUUUCGGCAUGCCCAAUAAAAGAUUUCCAAACAACGAUCCGUGGCAAAUGAAGCCGAUGUCGGAUCCAUUUGGUCCGAUAGAGGAAAGUGGUAGGGCGCUCGAGGACGUUAGGCAAAUAGGAGAUACAUCCUUUUUUGCCUUUAAUGACAGUCCUACGGGGAAGAAGCAAGUGCCUUUUGGACGAACAAGUUCUAAAGUGAUUCAUUCCGUACCUACGAUAAUACGACCGAAACCGCCGAAACCACCGGCCCCAAAGAUAUUGAAAAAACAUUUGGACCAAAAGACGAAUCAAAGACCGUCGACUAGUGUAGAAAGAAGACCUCUCAGCGAGUCGAUAACCGUUAACUCGUCGUAUUCUGUUGUUAACGACGCAUGGGCCGAUGACAUCAAAGACGAGCCUUCACCUCCGAUGCCAACGAUCCCACCACCGGCACCACCCACGGAAUACUUUGUCCGAUCGAAAAACGAAUUCGAGGAAAGUUCUAAAACACCCUAUGGUAUUGCGCUUUAUGAUUUUCCGGUUACGCAUUCGGACGAUUUACCCUUGAAGGAAGGUGACGUUGUCACCUUGAUAAGAGUUGUCAAUGACGAUUGGAUGGAAGGAAGGGUGGGAAGUCGACAAGGAAUAUUUCCAAUUAAUUUUCUUGAUAUAAAGAUUCCAUUGCCUGGAUUGCAGGACAACACCGUCGUUGCCCUCUAUCCUUUUAAAGGGGAGACCCCGGAGGAUCUAACGUUUGAGGAAGGAGCCAAAAUUAAAGUUUUGUCGAGACUAUCGGACGACUGGUUAUACGGCGAAUACAAAGGUAUAAAAGCUCCAAUGUAAAAAGAAAAAAAGAAAAGAAGAACGUAUCCAGUUUAGGAAUCUACAUCGGGACCAGAAAUUUUCUUUGCCGAAUUAGUUACGACAAAAAAAAAGAUUAGGAAUAUCUGCUAGGGUGAUAAUGUAAAAUUAACGUAUCUUCAACAUAAUCCAUAAAUCGAUGUUAAAAAUUAAAUAAUGACGACAUAUAUUGUGAUAUUUUACUACAUUCGUAUAGAAAUUUCUCAUGUAAAAAUAAAAUAAUAAUGGAAAUAAAUUGUCCAUAUCGUGAAAUAAUCACUUGUAUCUUGUAUUACAUAUCACUAUUAAUCUAAAUAGAACACACAUUGGAUUUGGAGCUAAUCAUUGAAAUAAUUAUCUUCAGUUCUCAGUUAUGGCAGUCUUUGAUCGUUGAACUAGAAAUAUUUCAAUUCGACUAGUCAAGAUCAGGUGAUCGAUGAAACGUCAUUAUUAUUAUGUUGGCCAGUAACGUUAUCAUUAAUGGAAGAUUCAUCGAACGUGACAACUUUGAUAAGUAAUAUACUCGGAGUUCGUAUCGAUUUUAAUCGAUCGUCGCUAUUGCACCAUCGAAGACGCUUUGGCGAUAUUUUCGAAGUUAAUGUGACUUUGCAAUUCUUUAAUUUUUCUAUCAAAACCCCUCGAAACUUUUCCCCCGUAAGACAAUACAAAAAGAAAUUACUUGCAAAAUUCCAAUGAUAUAUGUGAAAGAACAGUCCACGACACCACUUUAACAACAUUUUCUCUUCUAACCUAAAACAUUAGGAAAAUAUAUACGCACAUACGUACUUACGUGUAUAAUUUAUAGUUUUCUUUUUUUUUUUUUUUUUUUUUUCUUUUUUCUUUUUUAAGAACGACAUUCUCUUACCAAUUUAUAUAAUCCUUGUUUUCCUUCAUAUUCCUUUCUGGAUAUUUGAUCAAUAUCACGUCCCAGUAGAGCUCUAAAGUUUCAACUAUUCCAAGUGGUAAUAGCAAAAUUAAAUAUACCAUUGAGACUGCCAGUAAAGUUCUGCUCGUUUUAUUCGUUUUAUUGAUCUUUUGAGAGAAACUGCCUAAGGAAAUAUCUUGCGUUUAAUCAUUGAUUCAGGAGUUGAGAAAAUUUCUUAACGUUAUUAUGGCUUGAAAAUUUCUUAACGUUAUGGCUUAAAAAUUUCUUCUUACUUACGGGUUAAUUGUCUGCGAAGUGUAUCCAAUUUUUUCAUAUGUGCAACUAACAACGCGUUGCCAAUAAAUAUAAAAAUUAAUGGUAACCAUGUUGACAAUGCAAUAUAAAAAUACAUAGCGCUACCCCAAGGUUUGAUUUUCUUUUGGCAUGGUAUAAAUUCAAAAACACUGUCCAUUUCAUAUCCUAGAAUUAUUUUUAUUUGGAAGACAUGAAUUUUUAUUCGUCAACCCGUUCUAACGGAAAUCUAUAAUCCAUUGCUAAAGCAUCGUUAAUCUUAUUAC